AGGACAUGCGGGAUACGGAAGCCUAAGAGGUUUAGCAACAUGAGUGUGCGAAGGGGAUUUGUCCUUCUGAACCAUUGCACAUUUAAUUUUCUCCGGUACCAGGCUUUACGGACAAUAUCAUCCCACUUCUGCACAGUCUCUGGCAAAUCUAGAUAUGGUCUAAACAAUGGAAAGAUACAUUCAGCAGGGAUUCAUUCAGAAGCAUUUCAGUCUAGAGUAAGAAACUUGAUAUCAGCCACAGAUGAACCAGACACACUGUACAAGAAAAUAGAAGUGCUGGCAAAAUGUCACGAUAAAACUGUGCUUGACAGUUAUGAGUACUUUGCAGUCCUUGCUGCUAAAGAACUUGGGAUUAAUGUGGAAAAAGUGCAUGAACCAAAGAAAAAAAUUGAAAGAUUCACCCUUUUGAAGUCUGUGCACAUUUUCAAAAAACACAGAGUGCAGUAUGAAAUGAGGACGCAUUACAGGUGCUUUGAAUUAAGACAUUUGACUGGGAGCACAGCUGAUGUUUAUUUAGAGUACAUACAGCGGAAUCUACCAGAAGGGGUUGCCUUAGAGAUAACAAAGACUGCACUAGAGAGGUUGCCGGACCAUGUUCGAUAUCCAGUCUGGGAUCAACUGCCUGAGGAUGAGAAUACAAAGAGUUCUUAAGAGCUCUUAUUGUUCCAAGUUUUUUUUAAUGUUCUAUUUAUAACUCACAAAAUAAAUGUAUGGGCAUUCCAUUGAUAAUGUUCAGGAGUUGCAUACUGUUCUGCAGCAAAACUAUGAAAAUGAAAAGUCAGUCCACCAUAUUAAUUGGGAGAUCAGAUGUAAAAAAAACUAAGACAUGAAAGUACCAGAAGAGAGGUGCUGUUAUCAAUAGCUUUCAUUUUGUAUUGUGUGACACAAUGGUAGAUAGGCUCACAAAAAUAUAACGUCCUCCCCUCAUUUUGAUAUACGCAUUCUCAAAAUAAACACUGUAAAAUGGUUUAACUUAUUGGUUCAUUUUCCUAGGAACUAACCUGCAUGGGUUUGUAGAAAAGGUACAUACAACAUUAAGGCUAAUGCCACUUGAUGUGUAUGGUGUAUACUUUCGGCAAGCUGAAAAAUGCUUGCCAAGAAUACGCACCAUACGCUCCUACUUGUGCCUGCACCUGGAUGAAUUGAAUAUGCUCGUGUACAGGCACAUGUGGCCAAAAUGCCCAGUUUUAGCUUGCCGAACAUUUAAGCCAUAUGAAUCGUGUGGCAUUAGCCUAUGUGCAAAAAAACUUUGCACAUUAUGUAAAUAAUUUACAUAAUAUGCAAAGUUUUGUUUUUUUUUCUCUCACAAUUCCAGUGUAAUCACAAAGCACUGGACAAAAAUUUAAAGUGUUAAAAGAACAAUUAUGCUUGAGCACAAUUAUGCUUGAGCUUCAAAACAAAUGAGACAAUUGUGCAAAUUGCAUUUGCACCUGGUUUGUUUGGGCAAGUGUAUUGUGUCUAUUGACACAGGCCAAUGUGGGCUCUUUGUAAAAGAGCUCUUCAAUUUUCACCACCAUAGAUUGCAAGUAUAUUUCCUAUAAUUUCUUCAUUUCUUCAUAAAACUUGUCUAGUGGUUUACCUAGUAAAGGGACAGGAUCCCUUAUUUUAAAACCCUUAUUCAGAAAGCUCUAAAUUACGGGAAGUCCAUCUUACAUCUUUAGUCGGUUUUAAGCAAAUCUAAUUUUUUUUCAAUUUUUUUUUUUCUCUGUAAUAAUUAAACAGUACCUUGUACUUGAUGGUAACUAAGCUUCAUGAAUCCUAAGUGGUGGAAAAACAAUCCUAUUGGGUUUAUUGAAUUAUUUAUUUAAUGAUUUUUAGUCUGCGUAAGGUAUGGUGAUACAAAAACCCCAAGUCCCAACCAUUUUAGAUUAUAGAUCCUAUACAUACUUUUUAGUUUAGCUGGCUGUAGCUUUGCUAUGCACAGAAGAAGGCCAUGCAUGUACUAUACGGCCAAGCUAAAGAUCUAUGCAACUGUAAUCUUACUGUCUAAGUUCAUACUUGCUAUAAAUUUGCAAUGGUAA